AUAAAGUGGCAACAAAGCAGAUUGUACAGUGUUUACCUUAUUUGAAGUUUGUAAUGGUUAACCAUCUGUUAAUGCUAACUUUUAUCCUUGAGUUUUUGUAUAUAUUCCGUAGAUGAAGCAUUACUAUAUUACAAAUUUUCAAAUGAACUGAUGACCCCAAAAGUUAUUAGAUCAUAGCUUGCAAGUUUUUAUGCUUCAGGCAUGUCAUCCACAGAAGAUUCAGAGAAUCAAAAUGAAGAAUUUUUAUUGACUUUAGAUACUAUUCCACCAGAAAUAUUCCUUCAUAUUUGUUCUUUCUUAAGUGCAAAAUUUGUCAUUAAUGUGCUUAGUCAGGUUUGCCAGAAAUUCAAAGAAAUUAUAGAAAAUGAUACAACUUGGCGAAUGAGAAUUUCUGAAAAAUGGCCAAGACAAUAUCCCAUGAUUGCAGCUGACAGCAGUUUUGACUGGAAAGAAGCAUGUAUUUCUAGAGAAGAGCAUUAUCACCUUUGGAAAAAUUCAGGCGAAAGUAUGAAAAGAUACCACUUAAGUGAUGCUCAUUUUGGGUCAGUUAAUGUUGUACAGUUGUUGGAGAAUGGUCAGAUAUGUGCAUCAGGGGGCCGAGAUGGAACCCUAAAACUUUGGGAUUUAGCUGUUUUAAGUCAGCAGCAACCAGAUGAUCUCGAGUUCUCUGAUAAUAAUUCAUGCUUACUGUAUUCUAAUGCUGCUCAUGCAGGUGCUUGGCUGUGGUCAAUAGCAUAUGACAAUAUGAAUAAAAUGAUAUAUACUGGAGGGUUUGAUUGCUAUUUAAAGACAUGGAAUGUCGAAGAACCAUCAGUUCAAGUAACUUGUUGUAGUCUUGCUUCACCAAUUUUGUGCCUUGCUUAUUAUGAUAAUGCCUUGGUAUCUGGCUGCUAUGGUCGUAGUGUUAGUCUGUUUGACCUUAGGGCUGAUCUUCAACCCGUAUUUCAACACAUUCAUCAUAAGAAACCUGUGAUAUGUAUUGUUUGUGAUGAAAAAUACAUUAUUUCUGGCAGCGAAGACAAAACAAUCAUUAUAUAUGACAAAGUAGCAAGGAAAAUAAUGAAAACUAUACAGUUUGAUGCAUUUCCUUUAUGUAUGUCGUAUGGAUUGGGGCAGCUGCUAGUGGGAGAUGUUGGAGGUUCAUUCCAUGUAAUAGAUCCAACACAUGAAAAGUUUGAGUUAUUACAAACUUAUCCAUCUGGACAUAAAAUGAAAGUCACUGGAAUACAGCAUUCCCUUGGUUCCAUUAUCACAUGCUCAACUGAUAAGACAAUACGGGUGUUGGAACCAAAUGUAGAUCCAGGACUGAUUGCUGUACUUGAGAGAGAUGCAGAAAUAUCAAAAAUUUCUCUAUUUAAUACUACCCUGGUGAGUGCAAAUACAGAUGAUUCCAUCACUGUAUGGACACCAAAAGAAGAGACAUAGAUUGUUAAUAUUUUGCUGCAUUUCUCAAGUUUGCUAUGUGAUACUAAUUUUAUAUUUUGAUGUAUGUUUUACUAUAUGUAGUGUCUAUCAUCAGAACUAACUUAUUUCUGUGUAUUUUAUUUAGUCAUUCUGUAUACUUUUAUUUAAAAAAAAUAUGAAAAUAGUUAUAAUUAGUGGUUUUGAAUGUAUACUUAGUUAUUGUAUGAUAACUUAAAAUUAUUCAGAAUUGUUUCAAAGAGUUUUAUAUAUAACAAAUAUAUAUGGAUCCAUAGUGAUGGUAAGGUAUUGAAUAAUCUUUUUAGCUUCACCCACUAAUAUUUAACAUUAACUAAAUUUUAUGAUUUUGACUCAAUUUUAUGAAAUAGCUUUUUAAUCUUUUCAGCUAUGGAUAAAAGAUUUUCAGCUAUUAAUAAAAGUCUUCUUCUAAAAAGUAGUAUAUAAUUUGGAUAAAUGAGGGAAUUAAAAUUUUAAGAAUACUGCAUUUAUGUAGAAUUUUAUUGUAUUAUUUUCAUUAAAGUUUCACUUAGUUUAUAAGUGUGUUCAUUUAUGUUUGUUGUUGUAAUAAUAUUUUUGAGAUUGGUAAAAACUUUAUUUAAAAGUCUUUGGAAGAGUAUUUUAUAUUUAUUUUCUAAUUCUUCUGUUUUUGAAAUA